AUGUGGUCUGCAGGUCUGGACACCAGGAAUGGGGACAGCUCCGUGUCAUCAGGCCGCCUCUCUGGCUCCUCAGGGGGCCAUGAAUCGGGUGCUCUUCCCCAUGGGCCCUGGAAGGAGAGGCCGCCCCAGGUGUUGGAACCCCAGCAGCAACCGAGGCGGAGGGACCCACGGUUGGAACAGCUGAGGGACAAGAUCCGGGCCCAGGCACGUUGGAAAACCAGCUGCGCUUCCCUGGGCACUUCUGUCCCUUCCAGUGCCUCGUGUUUUGGCAAGACCUCCCCGGCGGUGCUCCGGAGGAAGACCCCCAGGGCGGCGAAAGCUCUUCCAGCCCCUGCCCACUCAGGCAUGCUGAGCACAGUGGAGUGUAGGGGUGAAGACAGGGAACCUCCCAGCCUGGGGAGGGAGCUCUCCAGGAUCUCCCAGCACCAGACUUCAGCUGCCAGGGCAAACACCAAAAGGAGCAAAAGCGCUUCCUGCAAGAGAGAGAAGGCCCUGCAGUCUCCCACCCCUGGCAGAGCUGCCAAAUGCAGAGAUUCUGAGUUGGCUGGUGUGUACGCCUGGAGGAAAGGACGAGCCCUGGUGAGGCAGCUGUUGGGGCCCCCUCCCACCUUGCCCCGCCUCCCGAGCAAGGCCCCCGGCGUGGAAUUAGGAGCUGACAAGAUAGCUGCCAUUGCCGGGACCUCAUCUGCCCACACCUGGUUGCCCAAGCCCUCCUGCGCCCACAGUGACCGGCACACACCCAAUCUGGUUUCCCAGGAACAGCCAGCCACAAUCCAAACUGCUAUGGCCAUCCUACAAGACCUCCGCAAGCAGAUCCAGGCUGGGCUGGAGUUGGCCAGGCGCCCUCGGGCUGGGCGGAAACCCAUACCAUCAAAGCCAAAACCACAGUCUCUGGCAGAGAAGGGGCAGCAGGGGCCUCAGAGCACCCAGGGCAUGCAGAGCUCCCUCCUGAAGAGUGACAAGGUUGUGACGGGGGGGAAGUACCCCACCCUAGACAAAGCUGGAGGCCUUGGCACUCAGCAGCCCUGGAACACCUUGGCUGAGCAACAGUCCUGUACACAGAGGAUUUGGGCAGGCCAGGGGCGGGACACUUCCUUCCAGAUGCCUGGGACUCCCCCUGAAAAGCUGAGUUCCUCACAGCGUCCCUGGAGCUCCCUGGCUGGACUGAUCUAUCCACACAAGGUCUGGACACCCCACGGACGCGACUCUUCCUUCCAGAGGCCUGACAGUCCCCCUGAAAAGCUGAGCUCUUUCUCACAGCGACCUUGGAGUGCCCUGGCUGGGCAGGCCGGUCGACAGAGGGCGUGGGAGGCUUAUGAUGACUGGAAGGUCCCUGGUCCCAGUCUGUGGCCCACUCUGGAAAGGCCCUGUCCUACCCUCCAGCGACCCCGGAGCACCUCCUUUGUGCAGAGAUCCAGCCCCCACUGCAAGGGCAGCAGUGCCAACCCCCCUCCUUCGAGAGCCAAGCAGGCUUGGGUGAGGCCUGCCCAGGGCUUCUCUCAGAACCCUCCUGGAGAGGAGCAAGACACACAGCAGUCCCCACCCUGCCCACGACUGCGGAGGGCCCUGGGCCACCAGUACAGCUCCGAGUCUUUGCGUGACUUCAUGCGUCAGAAGGCGCAGGCCAGGCAGAGGCAGGCGCUGGAGCAGAAGGCCGUGGCCGCACGCACUCAGCAGCUGCGGAACCAGAGGCUGCAGGAAGUCUACCGCAAGCAGAGGGAGGCAGUCCUUGGCAAGCCCGACCCAGUGGUGUCCCAGAGAAGACCUGGCAUUGUCACCUUUGUUCCCAGUUCUGCACAGUCCGGGGGCCUGGAAACCCCUGAGAGCCUAAAGUCACCGGUGCAGGAGUGGAGCAAGGUGACAUCUGGUGUGGUAGUGGGAGACCAGGAGGCUCCAGCCAGAGCCUGGAACCACACUGAGACCCUGGACACUAGCGGCCACCCGGAUGGCUACAAGCAGGCUCGGCUGCAGGCGCUGGAGACCAUGGCCGACGUCCUCAAGAAGCGCAUCGAUCUCCUGACGGCCAAACUGCGCAGGUCGGUGUCACUAGAUGAGGCUGGUGACUUGGCUCCAGAUAUGCUGCCCCUGAGCUCCACCUCUGUGUCUACCAUCCCCACUUUUGCGGCCUCCACCUGCCCCAGAGCCUUGGUGCCCAAUGGGGACAGAGAGAUGCCUCAGGACCCUCGGGACUGGGAGGACCUACAAGCCAAGCCCUUUCCCACCACCUACCUCUUGGAUGGUGAGACGCUGCCAUGGAGCCCCAGCUGGAAGCCACGGAGCCUGAGUGCGGCGCCCCACUUCCACAGCCAACUGCAAGGAAGUCAUAUCCCUUCCAAAGGUGUCAUGAAGGACAGAGUCUGGGAGCUGGAAAAGAGAUGGAAGAGAGAGGCAGCUGCCCUCCGCACUCUCAGUACCUGCACAAAGAGCUCUCUCGAGACGCCGCUGGCUGCACCAGAUCCCACGCUUGACUCCCUUUGGCUGGAAGAAAUGCCAGAAGCCAGAGGGGCGGGCUUGGUAACGCCCAGGACCACCCUGAGCUGCGGUCAGCAGAAGCCCAAGGGGCCAUGCUCUGGAGGCCUACAUGAUGGGCACCUCAGCGACUUCCAGCUGAAGUCCAUGAGCUUUCUCGAAUCAAUGAAGCUGGACCAGCGGAAGCAGGAGCGAGCACUGGCCCUUCUGCGGCAGCGGGCGGAGCAGGAGGUCUGGGCGACGCAGAUGGCCCUGGAUGAGCUGCUUUUCAAACACCAGCUGGAGCUGCGGAUGAGGAGCCACUCAGCCCAGGCCAGGCCAGGAAAGGCUUCGAAGCCAGAGCAGGAGCAGAUCUGUGGGGACACAGAGCCAACAGUGCUUUCUCCCAGUGCCGUGACAGCUAGAUCCAGAUCACCACCACCAACCUUGGGGAGAGACAUGAUCAGGUCUUUCCAGCAUCUUGAAGAGACAGAGGCGAGUGAGGCAGGCAAGGCUAUUUCCACUGAUCUGGGACAGCAGGCCCUAGCCACGCUCGGCCCUUCGGAUGGCCUCCCUCACCAGAGGAGAGCUACGAAACCUGGGCCGGGGCCGGGAGCGGGAGCAUCCGUAGCCUUCUACCGCUUCACUGUAGCGAUGCUGGAGCAGAGACGGCGGGAGGAAGAGCAGCGCGCCCAGCACCAGGCCGCCCUGCUGCGCCUGCGCGAGUUGGCUCUGGAGGAAAAGGCGCGCGCCGAGCUGGCCUGGCUGGAGCAUCAGCGGGGGUGUCUGGGGAACAAGGGACACAAGGCAAUGCAGGCCAUCCUGUUGGAGAGGCAGCAGCAGGUCCUCAGCAAGCUGGAGAAGGAAUGGAGGGAAAUCAAGCACCUGAAAAAGGCCCACUCGACCCUGCACUACGGCCGGCUGCAGCUCCUGCAGCACCAGCAGGCCAUCCUGGAGGUGCAGAGGUCCACGGCCUGCCUGAGGCAGGAGCUGCAGCUGAAGAAGACCCAGCUCUCUCAGAGUCUCAGCCCCAGAGUCAGGACCGCCUGGGAGAGGAGCUCAGAGAAAAGCCAGCAGCUGAAGGGGACCCUGUACCCCAUGGCACCACAUGGGCUCGGCAGACCCUCUAGUCACUGCCCCCAGAGCAGCUCUGGAGGCUCAGAAGUCACACGCCUUCCCUCGCAGCAGCAGGAGAGAACGUCGCCCUGGAAGACUUUGGAUGCACACAAACGCUUGCAGUCUCCAAGGGUGACGUGGGGAGACGACACACCUGAAACAGGCAGCGCGUUGGCGGAGAGGAGCCAUGUUGACCGAGAGCCUGAGAAGCACCCUCGUGUCCCUGUCUUGGGCCCGUUGCGCUCAAGCUCUCCGGACUUCUCUGGACAGCGGCUGGACCCUGCCUUUCCUGUGGCUCCUGCACCCCUUGGGGUCCCUCCUCCUGUCGUGUUGAUGCAAGCCACCAAGGAGGAGGGGAGCCCAACGGCUCCGCUGAGACUGCGGGAGGCCAAGGAACUGCCUACAGGAGACCCUUUGAUGAAGUCCAGCGCAGCCUCUGCAGGAAAGAGGCACUUGGCUUCAACAGACAGCAAUGCGUGGAGCUUGCAGGGGCAGCCUCGGCCGUCCCCACAGGGAGAGAGCCCUUGUUCCCAGGAAGCCAGACAGGUGGCUGAAGGCAUCACAAGCCAAGAGGGGCUGGAAUCAGGGCUAGGUGUUGCUGGAAGCCCUGAGGAGAAGCCCUGGGAAGAGGCAAGCUGGAGGAGACAAGCUUGUCAGCAAGAGGAGCCUGAUGUCCCCUUAAUCCAGGUGGAGCCUACCCAGCUGGCUGCCUCCCCAGCAGCUCCUGAGGAGGAGAUGCCACCCGUCCUGUGCCCGAGCAACCCACAGUCUGCUGCCCCCUUGGGCCUGAGCUCUGACUCUGCUUCUAGCAUCUGCUCAGGGUCUUCAGAAGCCCCAGAAUCAUCCCCAGCCUCCUCAAUGGGCUUGGAGAACAGCCUUUCCUGUUCAUCUCUCCAGGAGUUCCAGAAAGCCACAGCCACCCUGGUCCAGCUUUCUGACAGCUCCCCCUCCUCCUUCAGUUUAGAAGCUGAGGUCACACCAGAUGUAAACCCCAGAUGGUCUGGGGAGCUCGUUACUGACAUCUCCCGGGAGGAAUCUGGCCCUCCUUCGUCUUGGGGGCUCCACCUUGGCCACCCUCGACUGGGCGGUGUUCCUAGGAAUGUGGGACAGGUGACCUGGCAGAGGAUGUCAGGCAGCAGUGCUGGGUCCCUAUAUGACUCCUCUGAGGUGGUGGCUGUGGCAGGAAGCCCAGAGCCAGGGCACAGCCUCCUGGGUGUAGGCUGGCCAUUGUCACUCCCAGAUGCCCCCACUCCAAGGCUGGGAUCAGAGCUGUCAGAAACCUCCAGCAGAAUCUGGGAUGAGGAUGGUGAAGAGAACCUUCUGGAACCUGGCCCUCAUGUAGAUCCAGCCUCAGGGAGCUCCUUGCCUGCAGAUGGUGUGUCCAACCUAGAAAGCAGUGGAGAGCCCUGUGUGGUUCAUCCCUCCACAGACCCCAGAGAAGACCAAGAAGUUUCUAGAACCAGUAGGAACCUUGCUAGUGUAUCAAAUACAGGGCAAACCAAGCAGGUGUCCCCUGAGGCACCCUGUACCACGCUCCCAUCCCAAACCCCUUCCACCAGUGACUUGGACCUGUCCCUGUCCCUUCCUUCAGACACCUCCACCUCAGAAGUAGCAGGUGUCAGCAAAGGGGAUAUGACCGCUCAGACCUCAGCUGGCUUCCAGGAGAGGUCCCAGGAUGCCAAUCCAAGUCUCUCUGUCGAAAGGAACCCCCUACAAACCUUGCUUGAGCCCAAAGCCCCUAUAUCCCUGCCAUUUCCUCCCAGGGUUCCUCCCGGAGCCAAGUGCCAAGAAGCUGGGAGUGAGGAAGACAGAGCCCUCUUUGUGGAGGCAGCUAGUCCUCAGGGUGUGAGUGGCUUCCUGACAGAGAUCCUGUCUCCUGUGGAUGAAGAACUGUCCUAUGGUAGUGGGGACCUUCCAUCAUCCACCCACAGGCAUACCCAUCUUCCUCCACUACCUCCCACCCCCCAAGCAAAGAGUGACACCAACAAGCCCAGUCUUAGCUCAGAAGACUUCCCUUCCCCACCCGAGGAGGCCAUGUUUCCAGGGAGUUCGUUAGGUGACCUGGGAGAAGACACUUGUGUCACCACCGAAGACAUAUCAUCCUUAUCCGAGGAGGCUCCGGCAGCAGCCCUGUCCCCAAGGCCCCAGGAGUCAGGACUCUGCCUAAGGGCCUCUGGGCAGGCUGGAAACCUGGGUGACAGACAGGGUGACUCAAAGUCAAUGGUGAUGAGCCAGGAUGAGGGUAGGCAGUGCUCUGAACCCGACGUCUGGCCAGCAUCUCCCUUGAGUAAGGGAGUUGGCAGUGCCCUUGGGCAGCCCCCAAGCCCAUCAGCACAGCCCUCUACUGUGUCUCUAGCGGCCAGGUGUGGUCAGUCAAUGCCACUGGAGGCUAGUGACACAGAUGUGUUGCUCCGCACUCAGUGGGGCCCCUGGAAAGGGGUACAGUGUUUUGAGGGUGCAGAGUGCCAGCAAGAGACAGGACAUAUCUUAGACAUACAGGCAGCCACACCCUCACCCACCUGUCCUGAAGUCCCCAAAGGCCCUCCCCCAGGCCAAGUGCCUUUGGUGGCUAGUGGUAAGGUGGGGACCUUUGGGCACACUAGUGAGGAAGAGGAGGAGGAGGGAGUCCUGAGCCUGGACUCACUGGACAGAGAGCAGUUGCCAGAGAGAGACCGGGCAGCAGUCCUGGCCUCUGGAGGCUGUGCUAAUCUUCCAAGCCCAGGGGGUGCUGGGCCAGUGGAUGUGGUGUCCACCCAGCUCAGCAGGAAAAUUUUAUGUGACUCUAUGGCUGCCCUGUCAGCAAUAGUUCCUGGAGGUAGCCCCUAGAAGUGUGUUCGAGAUAUUCACAGACAUCUGAGAUCACACACGCACGCACAAAGAAUCUGAUUCAGUAGGACUGGCCCUCCAAGGAUGAGUUAUCAUAUAUAAUGGCCAACUUGUAGCUGGUUGGCAGGAUGUUUGUUUUAGCAUGAGGGACAGGGCUCCCUUACCUCAAUUGUGGACUAGCUCUGUCUACAUUUACCUGGACAGCUGGUCCAUAGCUUCCAUCGGGUUCUUGAAGGGCUUGAAGCCAAGUGAUUUGAUGUACGCAUGGGAACUGAGGAGAUAGCUCAGUGGGUAAAGUGCUCAUCUUGCAAGCAGGAGGAUUUGAGUUCAGUCCCCAGAGCCCAUAUAAAAAAGCUGGAUGUAAGCCGGGCGUGGUGGCGCACACCUUUAAUCCUAGC